CAUAUUUUUGUGUUUCUUUCCGUGUGUCUCAUAAAAUCCUCUGAGUGGAAAGAUGUGAGUUCUGGUUCUGGCUGUCCCACAUGUGGAGCCUCAGAACCGGAGGGCGGGGCCAAACCACAUCUGGAUGAAAAACAUCUGGAGCUCUUUCUCCGCCUGCUGCCGGGGAGAAACACCGACACGACGGCUGAGAGAGGCGGCCGAGCCCCGUGUCUUUGUCCCAAAGAUCAUGGCUCGGUUCUGGGCUCUUUGGACCGGGAUACUCGUCUUCAUGACAGCCUGUCCUCCAGGUGCUGUUCAGUCUUUCAGCCACCUGAGGUACAACUUGUGUAAGUGGUGUGAGAUAUCCAGUCCAGUGUGCACAGACAGCAUUUGUCUCAGUAAAUGCAACCUGUCCUCCUUCUGCACUGUCCUCGAGGAGAUCUGUGUCUCCAUAUGGAGGAAGACCAACAACACAAUGACUGUGCACACAAUGUGUCACCACCCAGCUCUGCCUCUGGACGGUGUCGAACCCACCCUGCUGCUGAACUUCACCUCCAGAGAGUGUCACAUGGUCCCACAGGUGGUUGAGAAUGGAGUCAUGAUGGUCUGUGGCUGCCAGGGGGAACACGAAUGUAAUGACAAACUCAUCUUUGACAAAGGGGCCAAUGGGUUCUCUAAGGUGCAGAGAAAAGAUGUCCUCCCAGUUGUGGUGAUCAGUUUGGUGCCUCCUGUCCUGGUGGCCAUUGUUGCCACUGUUGCCUUCUACUUCUACAGAAUACGCUGCCCUGAUAAACCAGGCCAUCCUGCUCAUCCUGACUGGCCCACUAAACGCUCCCCAGAGCUCUACCAGGCCUUGGACCUGCCACAUGAGGGAGCAGGUUGUAGGACUGAGGGCAGAGGAGAAGGUGGGAGUGGUCCUGGGGUUGAUCAGAAGAACCAAGUGGCUGAACUGCUGCCAAUCAAACUGGAAAUGUUAUUGGGGAAAGGACGCUUUGCUGAAGUGUGGAGGGCACGCCUGCUGCAGGGCCAGAAGGGUGGCGUUGACAGUAAUAAAACUGUAGCCGUGAAGGUGUUUCCAGUCAUGGAGUACACCUCCUGGAGAAAUGAGUGCUCCAUCUUCUCUGAGACUACAUUACAACAUGACAACGUGAUUCAGUUCCUGGCAUCUGAAGAGAGGGGCCCACCAGGAAAGACCUACUGGUUGGUGUUGGCCUAUUACAGCCUAGGGAAUCUGCAGGACUACCUCAUAGCAAACACACUGAGCUGGGAGGAGCUGGUCCACAUGGCAGGAAGCAUCGCAAAAGGAUUAGCUCACCUGCACUGUGACACCACAUGUGAUGGAGAACCAAAGGUUCCAGUCGCCCACAGAGACCUGAAGUGCAGCAACAUUCUGGUCAAGAACAAAAAGGAGUGUGCUCUGUGUGACUUUGGUCUGGCGUUAAGGUUGGACCUCUCACUGACGGUGGAUGACUACGCUCACAGUGGACAGAGGUGAAGAGCUACGAGCCGGUGUUUGGCUCAAAGGUUUGUGAGCAACCUUGUGUGGACAGCAUGAGAGACCUGGUCCUGAGGGACCGAGGACGACCAGACAUCCCCCCAACAUGGACACAUCACCAGGGGAUGAGCGUCUUCUGCUCCACUAUCACAGAGUGCUGGGACCACGACCCGGAGGCCCGGCUGACCGCCCACUGUGUGGUGGAACGCUUCACUGCGCUGCAGCAGGAGGGCAAGGAAGAGGAGGCAGAAGUUGAAGGCGCGGAGGAGAGAGAAAGACAGGCAUAAGAAGGCAGGAACGAAUGAAGACAGAGAAAAGGACUAAAUUUGGAGGCUCCUAAUAACCACUUGUUCUUUUCAAAACUCUCCUCCUCUUCCUCAAUUGAAGGUUAAAGAGACAUGACAGAGAUAUCCCACGAU